GCCUGGGGUCGGCUGUGAGGCUGCAAUCCCCUUCAGGUAAAUACGCCCUGAUCCUUCGCCUAACAUUACCCUGCAUCCAUCCAUGCCAUCAUCAACUACGCGACCCGACUCUCCAGUAGUUAGGUAAUUAGGGUUCUCUGUUGAUCUUAUUACUACGAUAUCAGUACCCUGAGGGUGUAUCACCAAAGUGCGUCCGAUUGCGGUUCGAUAAGAUAUUCCGCGUUCAGGAGCAGUCUAGUAAAAAUACAGAACGGUUGAGUAGUGUAUUUUGCGAAAGCGUACUUUGGUGACAUGCCCUGAGAUGGCUCCUCGCGUGGCUGACUCGCCAGCGCCAGCAGACCUCCCGGCAGCGACAGCGUCGCGCAGCGGACCUUCCGGCGGACAGUCGGCGGGGACCGUCGCGGCGGAGACAAGUGGGGAGAUGGCGGGGGCUCACGUGAGGUUAGUGUGCGGUAAGGAGCGAGGGGGGAGGGCUGGCGUUGGAUCAGUGGGCGCUGAGGAAUUCGCCAGUGCUGGGAGCUUGGGUGAGGAGUUUCGUCCCGAAAAAGAGCCCAGGGGCUACGGCUUUCCGUCGUCGUCCACGUCAACGUUAACGUCAGCGUCGACGCCAACGUUAACGUCAGCGUUGUCGUCCACGUCGGAGCCAUCCUUGGCGCUUCUGGUGCAAGAGAUUGCUCUGCUGGAUGCCGGAGAUUCGAUACACCCGAAUGCAAGUGCGGCGGCUGCAGAGCGCGAGGGGCGCGGUGACGAGGGAGAGGGCAGCGCGGCACCGUCGUGGGAGGAACGAGCGGCGGGUAGCGCUACCGCCCCGGCAGGUAGCGGCAGGAGCAGCAGCAGUAGCAGUAGCGGGCACGCGCGGGGAGACGACUGCAGGAUGAGCGACGGCAGGAUGAGCGACGGCUGGGGCGGAGGAAACAGCAGCGCGCGCAGAGGCGGGAGCAGAGGUAGCGGAAGCAGGGGGCGGGACGGCACGAAGCGAACAGCGAUAGUGACGCCGUGGGGGUCGCUGGUGGAAGCGGCGGAGCUGCCCUGCGCGCGGAGGGGAGGCGAGAGGGGGUGGGGGAGCGGGGGGUCAGCGAGAGGAGCAGGAUGGGGAAGGUGGGGAGGGCAGAGAGCGAGACAAGGCGGAUUCAGUGUGAUUCUAAGCAGAGGUGACUCAAUCGAGGAGCGAGUGAUAAGCACUGGGGGCCCAUUGCCGGCAUCAGGCGCUGAGCCCGUGGCGUCAUCGCCAGCAGUGGCGCGAGAGUCCGAACGAGCCUGGCAGCCGGCCCCUGGUUCCUCCUCUUCUCGCCCACCAUCGUCAUCGUCAUCAUCGUCCUCCUCCCCUCCCAGACUGUUCUCGCUAUGCACUGACUCAAUAGUGGCGCACAUCGACCAUGUGUCCUCGCUGCGAGGGGUGCCUGAAGACAUUGUGCUGCUGCUGCUCUGGCGGGUGCUGCAGCGGGGGGCGCUGACAGAGAAGGUGCUGCGGGUGUUCCGCUCGGCCCAGCACGGCCUGGUGGACGAGGCCAUCCACCUGCUCGGCAUCUCCGCCCAUUCGGUCGCUCCUGUCCUCCCCACUCGCUGCACGGACAACUCUCUCCGAUGAUGGCUCAACGCCACUGAUAGCCCCUACGGGGCUCUCAUGACUCGUAUGCUCCACAUCGCAUGCCAUUGCCCCACAUCACAUGCCCCACAUCACAUGCCCCACAUCACAUGGCCCACAUCACAUGCCCCACAUCACAUGCCCCACAUCACAUGCCCCACAUCACAUGCCCCACAUCACAUGCCCCACAUCACAUGCCCCACAUCGCAUGGCCCACAUCACAUGCCCCACAUCACAUGCCCCACAUCACAUGCCCCACAUCACAUGCCCCACAUCACAUGCCCCACAUCACAUGCCCCACAUCGCAUGCCCCACAUCACAUGCCCCACAUCACAUGCCCCACAUCACAUGCCCCACAUCACAUGCCCCACAUCACAUGCCCCACAUCGCAUGCCCCACAUCACAUGGCCCACAUCACAUGCGCCACAUCACAUGGCCCACAUCACAUGCCCCACAUCACAUGGCCCACAUCACAUGCCCCACAUCACAUGGCCCACAUCGCAUGCCCCACAUCGUAUGACACUGGAUCGAUACCGUGUGUUAGGCGGGUCACUCGCUUGGGAUGUGGAAGCCAAGGACUUUGAGUGCUGCGGGAUUGUUGACAAUCAAAGGAUUGUGGUGACGAGCAGCAGUGUGGUCGGCAUCACGUCGCUGAUGCUCCCCAAGUGGUGUGUCUGCAUUCCUUAGUUUUGCGCACUGUAGUUGGUAUGCUAGUUGCAUACUGUAGCUGGUAUGCUAGUUGCGCACUGUAGAAUGUUCUUCGAGAAAUUUGAGUUGCUAAAAACUUCAUUUCUGUAAGGAACAACUCCGUACCAUGUCAUUGAUAUGC